CAAAAGAGAGAGAAGAAGGAGAAAGAGAGACAGAGAGAGAAACUUACUCCCCACUCAAAGAAACUGAACAUAACUCUCGACAUCAAUCAAGUUUAUCAUACCCGCAGAGAAGGAGACCGAGACGGAGACAGAAAGAGAGAGGCAAAGAGGUUUGCAAGAGAAUGGAAGGAGCCAGUAAUGGAGGGAUGUUGUAUCAUGAAGUACAAGAGUCGAAGCUGUGCGCGAUGCAUUGCGUGAAUACAGUGUUGCAGGGCCCAUUCUUCUCGGAAUUCGAUUUGGCGGCCCUUGCUUCCGAUCUCGACCGCCGGGAGCGUCAGAUGAUGCUGCAAGCCGGCGGUGAUUUCCUCCCCGACCCCGACGAGUCCCACAACGUCUCCCUCGACGGCGAUUUUAGCAUACAGGUCCUGGAAAAGGCUUUGGAGGUAUGGGAUUUGCAAGUUAUACCUCUUAACAGUCCUGUUGCUGAACCUGCACAAAUUGACCCAGAGCUUGAAAAUGCGUUUAUCUGUCAUUUACAAAAUCAUUGGUUCUGUAUCAGGAAAGUAAAUGGAGAAUGGUAUAACUUUGAUAGUCUUUAUGCAGCACCUGAGCACCUAUCCAAGUUUUACCUUUCUGCCUAUCUGAUUUCUCUGAGGGGUUCAGGUUGGAGCAUUUUCCUCGUAAGAGGUAAUUUUCCAAAGGAGUGCCCUAUAGCAUCCUCUGAAUCUUCUAAUGGGUACGGGCAGUGGUUGUCCCCUGAAGAUGCUGAGAGAAUUACAAAGUCUUGCAACUCUACACAGAGGACGGCUCCUGGAAGUAGUCAAAUUCGGCAAUUUUCUGAUUCUUAUAUGCAGUAUGGUGGUGGAGGGUUGUCGUUGGAUGAAGAUGAUGAAGAUUUCAAAGCUGCAAUAGCUGCCAGCUUGACGGAUUCUGCAAGGGCAGUUAAAGACAUUCCGGCUGAUGUGUUAGACGAUGAAAAUAAGAAAAGUGGUGAAGAGAAUAUUAGAGAGUGAAUAAUUGACGACAAUGAAUGUUGGGGAUGGAAUUUGCGAAAGAUCUGAUGUCUGGUGGGUUGAAAUUCACUACUCAGCUUCAGGCGCAUAAAUUCUGUGGUAUGCAUCACUGUUUCUUGUUGGGGUAUUGGAAACAGGAGCGGUUUUGGAACUCAGAUACAAUGGCUGAUGAUUUUUCGAUGAUAAUGGCGAGAUCUUACUGAACAGUUUGUAGAAUUCUAGAUACUGUGGAAUUUGCAUGUUGAUAUUGCUAAGACCUUGUCUCGCUUAUAAAGUUUAGGACUGCUAAAAUUAGUGGAAAAGGAAAUAAAGCAAAGAACAAAUGCCCGAGAAUCAUCCAUCCAAAAAUUGUUAAAAUCCGGUGUCUGCAGUCCGGUGGCCUUUUGCCCGAAAUGGGCUCUGCGUAUGAUUUUGGUUUCGGAUUUUCUGAAUGUGCGAACUCACAAGGAGAUGCCUGUUCAAGUGAACAGGUUUACUGAACUGCUCAGGAACAAAUUUAUGCCCGGUGAAACAAAAACAUGGUGUACUAUCACAUUGUAAAUGCAGAUUUAUACCGAGAAAGACUCCAGUACUCAACACAUUGUAAUAGAAGGAAAAAAUUUUAUUAGUUUGCAGAAGUUGUUAUACUAAUAGAAAUGCAUGGAAUUCGCAACCCGAA